GAUCACUUUUUCCGGGGUCCGAAGUCCAAGUCUGAUCCACUAGCAGGAACCCGUCCACCGCUUUUUACACUAAGUUACUUGUAGUCAUUGCGUUAAAAGAAUCAGGCGGCUGUUCCCCAAGGACACACGGUUUAGGACUUUACGACAGUCUGCUAGUUAGCCACGACGGCCGUAGACAGGUAUGUCUGAGGGUAGUCUUGACACCGAAUCAGGCAAGACCUCAGCUGAGGACCCUCGCAUGGAAGCCGAGGAGAAUCCACACAUUGGUGAUCUGUCACCACCGCUGGCGUCGUCUCCAAACGUAGAUGGUAGCGAUAGUGUGUCAGGGAACGAUGUGCUGUAUGACAUUGCUAUAGACAGUGCCGAGGAUAAGUCAGUAAGCAGCAGCGAGGAUGUUGACCAGGGCGGAGAUGAGGCUCUCAGUGUAGAAAAUGGUGAACACCAGACUGUGGACCCUGCAGACGAAUGUGGAGAUGAUGGCACUCAGACAAAGGAGGACGCCAUGACUGAGGAAUCCCAGAGGAGCUCGGCCGCUGAGAUCGCAGUCACCAGCAACGGAGACCUGGAUCAGAGCCCGGAGAAUGUGUUCUGCAGGGACUCUUACCCUGGGGGGCCGGCGAGCGCAGACCUUUCUGAGUCCUGUGUACCCUGCGGCAACUAUACAGUAACGACAGAAGGCAGCAUUCAAUCAGGCCCGUCUAAAGGGUCGUCGAGCCUCCCCGUGUCACCCGUGGGGCCCUUUGCGCCCAGCUUGGCGGUCGCUAGCCGCCUGGUACGCUCCUCCAGCGAGAGCCAGGCGGAGACAGAUGCUACAAAAACACAGCCAUCGAGUGGAGCAUUGGUCCUGUCAGAAGACCCCAAGAAUCCAGCCAUGGAGAAAUUGGACCUUGUGAGAAAGUGGAGCAUCAACACCUACAAAUGCACCCGUCAGAUUCUGUCUGAGAAGCUGGGCCGCGGCUCAAAGACGGUGGACCUGGACCUAGAGGCCCAGAUCGACGUGCUGCGUGAGAACAAGCGCAAGUACCAGAACGUCAUCAAGCUAGCGCAGACGUUCGCCGCCCAGCUGGCGGAGAUCAUGCAGACGCAGAGGCAGCUCGGCGACGCCUUCGCAGACCUUAGCCUCAAGACCCCAGAACUCCAUGAGGAGUUUGGUUACAACGCUGACACCCAAAAGCUUUUGUCCAAAAACGGGGAGACUCUGUUGGGUGCCAUUAACUUCUUCAUCAACAGCGUCAACACCCUUGUGGACAAAACCAUCGAGGACACUAUGAUCAACAUCAAGCAAUACGAGAUUGCCAGGGUAGAGUACGAUGCAUACCGCACAGAUCUGGAGGAGCUGAACUUGGGUCCGCGCGACGCCAACACCCUGCCCAAGAUCGAGCAGUCGCAGCAGCUGUUCCAGAUGCACCGCGACAAGUACGAGAGGAUGCGCAACGACGUCUCUGUCAAGCUCAAGUUUCUGGAGGAGAACAAGGUGAAGGUGUUGCACAACCAGCUGAUCCUCUUCCACAACGCCAUCGCCGCCUACUUCUCUGGCAACCACCAGCAGCUGGAGCAAACUCUGCAGCAGUUCCACAUCAAGUUGAAAGUGCCCGGCGCCGAGCAGCCUUCAUGGUUGGAGGAGCACUAAGGAGAUGUAACCUACAAGUGAAAACUACAGGGACCCACCCACCCCCACUCUCCUGUCAGGAAUGAUGGCUUUUCAAAACAAUCUUUUCAAGUAACAAAAAAAAAAAAAAAAAAAGCUCAACUGAAUUCUUGAAAAUGUUAUUUUCACUGCUACAAUCCUUAAAAAAAAAUGCACUUUGAUGCUGUUUGACAAAUUCAUCGAACUGCAGUAAACGCAUUAAGGAAGUUGUAAAAAUGCCUUCUUUUAAUAACAGCAUAAUGAAUGUUGUAACAACAAGAUUGAAAUAUUGAAAUAACAUUUUGUGAUAGUUUUUGAGUAUGAAACAUUCAUAACAUUCCAUGCAAUUCUGACAGCCUCGGCCGCCUCUUCCUGUAGCGACAAACACAAGUUUAAGGUUAAUUAAGAAUGCUAAGGAAAUUAGUGCUAAAACCACUGAUAAAAGUAGGGUAGUUAGAGAAAAAUUGCCAUUAAAAAGCAGUUUUUUUUCAUGAAAAAGAAAAAUAACAAUCGAUUUUUCAUUACAUUUAGUCUUAAAGAAAUCUCAUUGGACAGCAAAGUUACUUCGGCAGUUGAUAACAUUUUGACGCCACUCUAACAAGGCAAUCAGUUACCAUAACAAUCCUAAACCAGAAAAUGAAAAUUCCAGAUUAAAAGAAACAAGCCCUCCUAAAGCUCACAAAUAACACCUUUUCUUUACGCAAGGCUAACUCAGCCUUAUUUUAAUUGUAGCGAGUAUGCAAUGUGACGCUACCGUGAUUAUGCGCUCUUAUGUUGUAGUGAACUGACCACAAUAACUCAGUUGUCCAGUCUUAAAGUGUUGAAAGUUUGAGGAAAGUUACAGCCUUGUGAAGCAUUGAUAACAUCCAAUGCCACUCUUACAAAACUUAGUUAGCCUCGCACACCUCCAGCCAACAGUCUUAAAGCUUAACAAUCAACUAAUUAUCUUUGUGCGAAUGUGACCCUAGCUUCCUUGUUUUAAUUUCAGUUAUUAAGAUAAGCACCGGCGGCACGGUGAUCGACUGGUUAGAGCGUCUGCCUCACAGUUCUGAGGACUGGGGUUCAAUCCCCGACCCCGCCUGUGUGGAGUUUGCAUGUUCCCCCCAUGCCUGCGUGGGUUUUGUCCGGGCACUCCGGUUUCCUCCCACAUCCCAAAAACAUGCAUGGUAGGUUAAUUGAAGACUCUAAAUUGCCCGUAGGUGUGAAUGUGUGUGCAAAUGGUUGUUUGUUUAUGUGUGCCCUGCAAUUGGCUGGCAACCAGUUCAGGCUGUACCCCGCCUCCUGCCCGAUGAUAGCUGGGAUAGGCUCCAGCACGCCCGCGACCCUUGUGAGGAUAAGCGGCUCAGAAAAUGGAUGGCUGGAAGAUAAGCAGCAGCUGUACCGUGAUUACGCUUUCUGACCAGAUCAAAAUGAAACUUUGUUUGCUUAUAAUUUUGUUUCAUCAAGCACCAUUUGGCAAGGCUUUGUAAACCACUUGACCGUUUGCAAAGUGUUAGCAUUGAGAGUUGAAACAAGGAGCAUCAAGUUCUCCUAACACUCUUUAAACAGCAAAAAAAAUUGUUCCUCCUUCUUUAUUUGGCAUAAUCUUAACGUGUGAAUGCAAAACUCGUUGCCUUGUUAUAUUCACGGUUUUUACUCCAUGCUGACGUGGCUAUGCUCCUACGUCGUAAUGAACUGUCCAAAACAUAACUGUAAUCGUCUGAUUUUAGGGGUUAAAGUGCAAACUGGACGGUGUUUUUUUUUUUUUUUUUACUUAUGAAAGUCUGCGAAGAAUCGCUAUCUCAUCAUAGCUUAGCAUUGAAAUCGCAAACAAGGAAAUGACCAUUCUUGAGGGGAAAAAUAUUAACGCUCCUAAAACGCACCAAUCGAAACAUUUUCCUACGUGUUUGCUGUUUUUUUACGAAUGCUCUGUUCUAUUCGCAGCCUUAAUGUUGUGCUAUGCUAACGUGGCAAUGCGCUUGGGUCCCAACAAACAGACCAUAGCAGUUCUGCUAAUUCAGGGCACGAUUGUGUCGUUUAGAGUCACAUCUAUGACCAUUUUCGACAAAUGCGAUACUGUUAGCGUAAUGCUACUUAAAAAAAAGUUCCUCAUUGUUUGUUGUAUAAUCCACUAUGCUGAUUUAUGGAUUUUUAUUUUUCUAGCGAAAAUGGACUGACUUAAUUUUUUUGUAACGUGCCUUGACUUCGAGUUCCUUUCAUGCUACAUCUUUUUUUUUUUUUUUUUUUGGCUAACUGAGGAACACGUAAUAAUAAAAAAAAUGUAAAGCGCUCCAAAAAUAAACAUUACUUACUUCAAAAUAUCUUAUUUUUAAACGUUGCAUGUAAUAAACAUUGAGGAAUAUAAAAAAAGUUCAUAUAUGAUAGAUUAUACAAAAAAAAAAUGCAUUAUCUUAAAUGUUUUUGGGACAUUUUGAAAGACCAGCACACUCCACUUUAAGCUGCUAAGUUUUUUUUUUUUUUAUUUAACAAUGAAAAAAACGUAUAUUGUAUUUUUAAAAAGCUAGUGCGUCAGACACUCAUAUUUAUAACUAGCAGUCUCUUGUUUGCUAAAUUUUGUACCGCUGACUUUUUAUAGUAUACUUGUGACUCUGGUGUGAUGCUCCAAAAAAGGAUGUAUGGAAAAAGCUUUAUAUAUUUGUAAUUUUGCCUAGUUUAUGCCCUAUAUUCUCAAAUUAAAAACAUUUUUUCCUAAAGACUUCCAUACAAUGAUAUGCUGGGUUCUAGCAUGUGCAAGUGUAUCUUUGUAUCGGGGCAGGGAGAACUUAGGGAGAAAAAGUGUUGGGUCUAAAAUGGUUUUGAAUGUUUAAGAUUCAACAUUUUUAUUGUCAUGUGUACAGUAAAAAAAAAAAAAAAAAAUUGUUGUGCAACUUCUUUGGGAAAAUAAAUUUUUUUUGUUGGAUUUUCA